AUGGUGCUCGGUGCCCGUAUCAACUCGUGGGGUGAAGCUCGUGGGGUGAAGUGCCGUGGUGCAGAUCCCUCUCCUGGGGUGUCGUCAAAGACUGUGGAUAAGGAGAAACAAGCAUUAAUGUCACCUAGAGCUCCGUUGCAACUCCCCGCUGGUGUCUCUUCUCCUGGCUUUUAUGGCCAGUGGGAACGAGCUCCAGGCUGCAACCAGACUGCUCAGGCAGACAUUGUGCUCCUUGUUGACUCGUCUGGUAGCAUUGGAGAGAGUGAUUUCGAAGAAGUGAGGAAGUUCCUCCAUUCUUUUGUGGACAGGUUUAACCUUAGGCCCGACAAGGUGAGAGUGGGACUUGCUCAGUUCAGUGACAGGCCAUACCAAGAGUUCCUGCGCGGUGACUAUUCAGAUAAGAGAGAUCUGCACCAAAAGUUGAAUGAUCUCAUCUACCGUAGAGGAGGCACCAACACUGGUCUGGCUCUGACUUUCAUCCGUGAAAAUUACUUUAGACUGGCCAGACAGAAUGUUCCUGGCAUUGCCAUAGUCAUCACAGAUGGGGAAUCAAAUGAUGAUGUGGAGGAACCUUCCCAGAGACUACGAAACCUAGGAGUUUCCAUCUUUGUCAUCAGGGUGGGAACGGGCAACAUGGAAAAACUGCAUACCAUUGCUAAUACCCCACAUGAAGAGUUCUUAUUCAGUAUCGACAAUUAUAAAGAACUGCAAGGUCUAAAAGAAAGAAAGAAAGUCAAGGUGUGCUUUACUGUGACGCUCCAAUCACAAGCUUUGAGUCCCAUCACAGUGAACUCCUAUCUGCUGUUGUUUGUGCUCAAUUCAGCAUCUAGACAAGAGCAGCAAAUAAUAAGGACUUUUCUUCCAAGACUGCUCCAGCAGCUCAACGUGGGAAAGAAUACUAAUCGUGUCGGCCUGGCUCAGUUCAGCGAAAAUGUCAAAGAGGAGUUCCUACUAAAUACUGAUAAGGCUAGAAAUGAGAUUUUGUCAUCUAUUCGCAGCCUGACACUGAGGCCUACAGGGGAGCCUGGAGAAUCUGCCGAUGGUGUCGUCCAAGCAUCCCGCACAAUCAAAACAGAUGCAGUGACAGUUUUUGGUGUUGGCUUGAGCAAAGCUGAUGCACAUGAAAUGAAGUACAUCUCUAGUCAACCACACAGCUACAAGUUAGUAGGUAACAUCCAACAAGUACAACAGAAAAUUAAGUCUGCCAUUGACACAUGGGAAGAUGCUGCUGUCGCAAGGGAGUUUUAA